AUGACUGAUGAAGUCUAUGGCACACCGAUUGCUCCAAAGGAGGGAAAUCUAUUAGAAUUUGCCAUCACUGGUGAUAACAAGCAAGUCAUUUCACCUCUCUCCAUCAUGAUUGAAGCAAUGAGGACCAGAGUGAACAACUUCCUUGCCAACAAAGAAUGGGAUGCAAACCACAUCCUUGUCUUCAAGAUCGAGGGUCCAUUUGAGCAACAACACCAUAUCAAGAUGGAGAUGCCUGCCCCAGUUAGAGCUGACACCCCCAUCUCUGCUGUGAGCAACUUCAAUUGCCAUCAUCUGGUUGGUUGUGAUGCUACCCCAGGACCCACUCCUGAACUUAGCACAAUCACAAACCACCAUCUCAAGGUCCUCUCAAGCCUGAAUGAAAAGAUGCACUCAAUUAUCAUGCAGAGCUUCUCUAAUAAGUUACAUAUUGAAUACUUUGCUGAGCAUGGAGACAAGCUGAUACCAAUUGCUGUGGACCUCUUUGAUUGGGCAAUGAAUAAAUGUAAAGCACAUUCUACUGUCAAAGAGUAUGAACUAUCUGCAGUGACUCUUGAUCUACACUGGGACCAGGUGGGAAGCCAUGCAUAUGACUUUCUUGUCAAGUGGGAAGCUCAUGUAUCAGAGCUGCAUGAGUACUUACAAGACCCCUGGAAGCUGGACUACUGCUACAGGACCCUCAAGCGAGCACUCCCUUCAGACCGAAAUGCCUUGUUCAACUCUGUGUUCAUCCUACAUGAGAAGAUCCAUGGCAGGGAACAGACCAUCAAAAGCAUCUCUGACGUCCUAUGCCAGUGUUACAAACUUGCUGCUGAGAUCACCCCCACAAGCCACUGCCAUGUGACAGAGGAGUCUGAACUCACUGCAUUGCAAGCCACCACUCUUAUCAACUGUUGGGAUGCAGUGCCAGUCUUGGCCUUCUUUACAGAGGUUGAGCCAGCACCAAUCAACUUACCACCUCAGCUUGUACCAUUUGUGUUUGACUCUGGUGCAUCUUGUGUCAUGGUCAAUUGCACUUACUAUGGGAUAGGUUGGCAAGACAUGGAACAAAGGAUGAUGUACCAGAACUGCCUCCUCAUGCCCAAUCUGGUGACAAACCUCAUUGGAACCAAAUCCAUCACACAUGCUCAGGGUAAAGUAAUCUUUGAGAAUGAACUUGUUACCAUCCAAGACAAGCAUGGCCAUGCCAUUCAAGUGCCAACAACUGGAGAUGGUUACCCCACUGCUGCCAUGCUCAUAUGGGACAAUAGCAUGCCUGAGCCAGCUAUCUCGCUUGCCUUCGCUGCUGAAAUGGUGAGCCCAGGGUGGCAAUGCAGGAAUCGAGACAAGGCAGCUCUAUGGCACUGUUGUCUGGGUCAUGCUAGUCUUGAUGCAACACUGCAUAUGAGAACCAUCACCCUUGCCCAUGACAUCCCAUCAUCCUCACCCACUCAUCCUGACAUACUCUGUGACAUCUGCAUCCAGAGCAAAGCCACUGCCAGGACACCGGCUCACCCCAGAUGCAUUGAAGCACCACUUGAGCUGGUUUCAAUGGAUGUCAUGGGUCCCUUGCAUGGUGCAACCAAGUUCGCCUAUGUACUGAUCAUCCAUGAUGCCUACUCUAGUAUGAUCUGGAUGCGAGGCCUCACAAAUAAGAGUCAAGCAUCCCAAGAAGCAGCAUGGUGGUUCUCUGGGAUUCGUGUUGCCACAUGUCAGGUGCCAUCGGAGGUGACAUUUGACCAUGGACUCAAAGAGGUCUGCAUCGACCAAGGUGUCAAAGUCACAGCUGCACCGACUCAACAACAUUUGGACAAUGCCUUCACUGAACAGGUGAUUCAAACCAUUCAGAAGAUUGCCCAAAGCAUCCUUUACAAUGCAAACCUCAAUGAACAUUGGUGGCCAUAUGCCAUUUCACAAGCCACCUUCAUUCACAAUUGGCUAGCAGGCACCACUCGCAGGAACCUCACACCCUUUGAGCUCUUCUAUGGAAAAUGCCCUGAAUUGCAUCAACUAUGA